AUGCAAUUACACAAGAGCUUCACGACAUUGAGCUCUGCGCGCGAAAUGACAGACAUGCCCACCAAUAACAAGCGUUCUCGUGUUGAAUACAGCGAUGGACGUCACGUCCAGGAGGAGGAAUAUGGCUCAGAGCAGAGGGCUCGAAAGGCUUGCAUUAACUGCCGGCGGCAAAAGAUGAAAUGUCUCGUCGAAGACGAUAGUAACGAGUGUCGUCGAUGUCGCCGGUCCGGCAUGCCUUGUAUUUUUGUGCCUCGUGCAAAUGCUGCAACAUUACCAGAGUUUAAGAAUGGCUCUAGAGAAGGUGGUUUCAAGACAGAUGUUCUACGUAGGCUGCAAAUUAUUGAGGAUACCUUGGGUCUGUCUGAAGGAUCAAACGGGAACUUGGAAUCUAUAGAUGGCGGCAAUGAUGAAGGAUUCGAUGACGAGGAAGAAACAUCGGACGAGUUCAACAGCUUAAGUGCACUGUGGGAUGCUGUAGUGGUUCUCCAGAGUGCUCCUUGCUCAGUACCGCGCGCAAUAUGGCGAAGGCACACCAUUAGAGACCUUUGGCUCUCGUUUCAUGAUCGAAUGCCAGGCCUUCAUUUUAUGCCCCGCAGGCAAACAUUCUCUGCGCCACAGCCUAUCCUUCUAGCAUCGAUUUUAUAUUGCUCGAGUAUGCGCGGCCCUCCAGAUAUGGCAGACCUAGCGCCGCACUAUUUCGCCAUCCUAUGCAACGCAAUCGCCCAACUAUGCAUCCCCAGCAGUCAAAUCGGUCAGACACCAGUAGACAGUGAGGAAUGGGCGUUUCAGACCGUACUCGGCAUUGUCAUUGCCGGGCUGCUCACAGAAGCGACCGUUCGCGAGACUGGUAUAUGGAUAUCAAUAGCAUACAGGCUGAUCCUUGAGCAUUGUCCCGCACAUAUUGACGAGACCUCACGAGAAUGGCGCAAGCUUUUCAGCGGGGUACAAAUCAUCGACCUUGAGCAUGCCUCCCUACAUCUCUCCUGCCCCGUUAUACCCAUUGAAUCACCACUUCCAGGUCUUCGAACUUCGCCUCGCGACCAACUCUACCGACUAUCUCGAAUGAUGCGUACCGGACUGACACAUUUCACUGGGCGCGGAUUACCGACAAUUUGGUCUUGUUUCACUACAGACCAACCGCCAGCAACAGUGACUUUGAGUAAUAACUUUACCGCCGUGGAUGCAGCUGUUAUCAGAGAUUGGGCCAGACAACUAGACGAAUGGCUAGUUGAUUUUAGUCAGGGUCUCGAAGGCUCUGAUCAGGAUUUGAAGCUGGUUUUUCGUCAAUACGUCCUCCAUCGACUGGUAGUUCUAUCUAUAUAUCACCCGGGUAGGGGUUGUGACCUGUGGAGUAUUACGCCAAAAGAGCAAUAUGAAUUGCUUCUCUCGGCCCGCGCGACGCUCAAGCUUCACUUGCAUGAUGACUCGAUCUGGUCUAAUUGGGACUUGAUUAUGAUCACUUGGGCAGCGCUCAUCGUUGUCCAGGGUAUUGAAGGAGGGGCCGGUGAUCCUGAUGAUCUCACAAACAUCAGAAACUCAGCCUCACUAACGUUCACACACCUGCUUCGGCAGAUUUCCGUCAACAACAGCAAAAUAGUUAUGAUGACCUCACAAUGA